GAAGACUACGGAAUCACCAUCGACAACGUUAUCCACUUGGUCCUCAAGCUCUCUGACCUCCUCCUUAUUACCGUGCGCACCACCUGUGGCCAGGAAAUCGAGUUCCGCGUCAACCGUUAUCGAAACGUCAGAUACCUAAAACACCACAUCUUCCAAGAGGGAAAAGGCUUCCCUCGUCAACGAGCAAGAGAUCUUCUACAAUGGUUAAAGGCUCAAUGA